AUGGCACCAUCCGCAACAGGACACGCGAACGGCGCGGUGCCCCGCAUCCUCGUUCCGGAGAAGGUCUCGCCAGACGGGCUCUCGCUGCUGCAGGACGCGCACUUCGAGGUUGACGUGCGCCCGGGCCUGGCGCCCGCGGACCUCCUGUCGCUGAUCCCGUCAUACCAGGCCCUCAUCGUCCGCUCCGAGACAAAGGUCACGGCGGAGGUGCUCGCCACGGCGGGCAAGCUCCGGGUCGUGGCGCGGGCGGGUGUGGGCGUCGACAAUAUCGACGUGGAGGCCGCGACGGCGCACGGCAUCAUUGUGGUUAACUCGCCGGCGGGUAAUAUCGUCGCGGCUGCGGAGCACACCAUCGCGCUGCUCCUGGCCACGGCGCGCAACGUGGGUAGGGCGGACACGGGUGUCAAGAGCGGUAAGUGGGAGCGGGGCAAGCUCGUGGGCGUCGAGGUAGCGCGCAAGGUACUGGGCAUCGUGGGGCUGGGCAAGGUGGGCAUGAAGGUCGCCCGCAUGGCGAUCGGUCUGGGGAUGAAGGUUGUGGGCGUCGACCCGUACAUGAGCGCAGACGUCGCGCGGCAGAACGGGGUGGAGACGGUGGGCUCGCUCGAGGAGAUGCUGCCGCAGGUUGAUUUCCUGACCAUCCACACGCCCCUGAUCGCCAGCACGCUGAACCUGCUGGGCGAGAAGGAGUUCCAGUCGAUGAAGAAGACGGCGAGGGUGCUCAACGUCGCGAGGGGCGGCAUCUACAACGAGGAGGCGCUCGUCAUGGCGCUGGACGAGGGGUGGAUCGCCGGCGCCGGCAUCGACGUCUUCACGAGCGAGCCCCCGAAGCCUGGCUCGACGGCGGAGAAGCUCUCGCAGCACCCCAAGUGCGUCGCGACACCGCACCUGGGCGCAUCGACGGUCGAGGCGCAGGAGAACGUCUCGCUGGACGUGUGCACGCAGGUGGUCGAGGUGCUGCGCGGCGGCCUGCCCACGGCGGCUGUGAAUGCGCCGCUGAUCCUGCCGGAGGAGUACCGCAAGCUGCAGCCGUACGUGCGGCUGGUGGAGCGGAUGGGCGGGCUGUACACUCAGCACUUCGUGGGCCGGCGCGGCGGCAUGAUCGGCGGGCGGAAAUUCGAGCUGCGGUAUCAGGGCGAGCUGGCGGGCGUGUCCAACACACGGCCGCUGUACGCUGCGCUCGUCAAGGGCCUGACCAGCAGCAUCAGUGAUAGCGGCGGCCGGGACGUCAACAUCGUCAACGCGGGGCUGAUCGCCAAGGACAAGGGCAUCGCCAUCAACGAGACGCACGCGCGCGAGGGCGGCAGGGAGGAGCUGGUGUACGCGUCGCUGGUGACGCUGCGGUCGUCGCAGAACGGCGGCGGUCCGGGACAAGACGACGACGCGGAGCAGGUGAUCGAGGGCUACGUGAGCGGGACGGAGGUGCAGAUCAGCCGGCUGGACCGGUUCACCUGCAGCUUCGCGCCCGAGGGCACGCUGCUGGUGCUGCACAACUACGACGAGCCGGGCAAGGUUGGCAACGUGGGUAUGAUCCUGGGCCGGUUUGGAAUUAAUGUUACGUUCAUGCAGGUGGCGGCGCUGGACAAGAAGGCUGCUGUGCCGACGGCGGCCGGAGACGGCACUGCGGGGGUGAAGAAGAGGAAGGGGGGCAAUGAGGCGUUGAUGAUCCUCGGGGUGGACGGGGAGGUCACCAAGGAGGUGCUCGAGGACCUGGGACGGGCCGAGGGCAUCCUGGAUGUCAACCUCGUGAGGCUCUGA